UCAAUGGUGUGAGGGGAGAGAGAGACAUAGAGGGAGAGAGAGAGGGACGUCGGUGUCUGGUUUCGGCGGGUUUUUUUCCCUCCCUCCAAAAACAAGAAGAAAAAGAGGAUCGUGACGGCGGGAAUCUAGCGGGACUCGGGCGGACCGAUCUCCGCUUUCUAUCAUAUUUCAUUUUAUAUAUACAUAUUUUUUUUGGAGGGAGGAGGGUGGGGGUGUUGUUUCGGGUCACAGAUCUCCGCGGACAUGGGUCCCCGUUUCGCUGUCCGGGGUCCUGAGUGAGACGGAGGCAGCGGACCGCCGCGGAGCCGGACAUCACCCGUGAACAGUGGAAAGCUCGGAAGCCAUGGAGUUGCGGGUGGGGAACAAGUACCGCCUCGGCAGGAAGAUCGGGAGCGGAUCCUUUGGAGACAUAUACCUCGGUUCUAACAUCGCCACGGGAGAGGAAGUAGCCAUCAAACUGGAAUGUGUCAAAACCAAACAUCCACAGCUCCACAUCGAGAGCAAGUUUUACAAGAUGAUGCAGGGAGGAGUGGGAAUCCCGUCCAUCAAGUGGUGCGGCGCGGAGGGCGACUACAACGUCAUGGUGAUGGAGCUGCUGGGCCCCAGCCUGGAGGACCUGUUCAACUUCUGCUCCCGCAAGUUCAGCCUGAAGACGGUCCUGCUGCUGGCCGACCAGAUGAUCAGCAGAAUUGAAUACAUCCACUCCAAGAACUUCAUCCACAGGGACGUGAAGCCCGACAACUUCCUGAUGGGCCUCGGCAAGAAGGGCAACCUGGUCUACAUCAUCGACUUCGGCCUGGCCAAGAAGUACCGAGACGCCCGAACGCACCAGCACAUCCCCUACCGGGAGAACAAGAACCUGACCGGCACCGCCCGCUACGCCUCCAUCAACACCCACCUGGGCAUCGAGCAGUCGAGGCGAGACGACCUGGAGUCCCUGGGCUACGUGCUCAUGUACUUCAACCUGGGCUCUCUGCCCUGGCAGGGGCUCAAGGCCGCCACCAAGAGGCAGAAGUACGAACGCAUCAGCGAGAAGAAGAUGUCCACGCCCAUCGAGGUGCUCUGCAAGGGAUACCCAUCCGAGUUCUCCACGUACCUCAACUUGUGCCGCUCGCUGCGGUUCGACGACAAGCCGGACUACUCGUACCUGAGGCAGCUCUUCAGGAACCUCUUCCACAGGCAGGGCUUCUCCUACGACUACGUCUUCGACUGGAACAUGCUGAAGUUUGGGGCCGGCCGGGCCGCAGACGACGGAGAGAAGGAAAGGAGGGAGGUGAAAGAGGGCGAGGAGCGAGCGGGAGGAGGCCAAAGGGGAGCCGGAGGUCGCGCUCCGCCGCCCGGUCCGAACAGAGUCAGGAACGAGGCGGCGGACGCCGCUCCCUCCACCAACCCGGCGGCUCGCGGGGUCCAGCCGUCAGGUAACCGCUCGCCUCAGGCCGGCAGGGCCGAGCGGGCCGAGCGGGAGAGGAAGGUGGCCAUGAGGCUCCACCGCGGGGCCCCCGCCAACGUGUCCUCCUCCGACCUCAACGCACGCCUGGAGCAGCCGCGUGUCGCUGGAUCACAGGUCAGUGUGCCGUUUGAACAUCUGGCAAAGUGAGUUAUCCCUGGCUGAAGCAGCUGCAGGGUAUCAAGUACCUCUUACUUUUCAAAUGGAUGAAUGAGAACAUGAGUGACAGCAGGGGGACGAGAGGAGCAGGGGGGAGGCGUUUGGGGCCCUUGAAGGAGGGGAUGGAGGCCGCGCACUGGUGACCAGGAGGAGCCGGGGGGAAGUCGACCUGAUGGAAAACCCGGCGGGUGACACUUGACUGGUGAACUGCUUUUUCGGGGAUGCGGCCUGGAAGGUGGAUGCGGCUGAAACCACACACAGGCCCCGCCCCUUCUUUAAUAAUAUUCACCUGCGCAUCGACCCACGGGCUCAACUUGCAAAAAAAAAAAACACACAAAAAAAAGCAUCACAAAGCGCACAAAAUGGACUUAAUUACACACGUUGCGCUGUGGUGGGUAAAAAAACAUCAACUAUUAACUUGCUACGAGCUACAUCCGCUGCUUAUGGUGUUGGUGGUGGACGGGGCUGCUUCUGGUCCAUCCGUGUCAGUGUCUGUCUCCGUGUCUUCGUGUUUUGGACUGGCCUCAGAGGAGGAGGGGAAGGCGACUGUUUCGAUGAGUUUCCCAUGAAUCGUAACAGGAGGCCGGACCCCCGAUUUAAAACCUCCUUUUCUUCAGCACACUUGUCACUCUCUCGCCUGCGGACGCGCUCGUCGGAUGUGGAACGGGCCGAAGCAGGAAGGCCGCGAGGAUUGUGUGAUACGAUAGUCCAGCUCCGGCAUGAAAAGACUUGAGAACGUUAGAGGAUCUUGGUGGCAGAAUUAGCCACCUCAUUAGUUUUGCUUUUUAUAAUUACAUGUACAAUGUAAAUAGCUUUUGCCAGAAUGCGACAGAUAGUUUGACGAUGGCGGCCAGGAGAGGGGACGACUGUUUACUUCCUGACUGCUCUGGGGCAAGAUGAGGAGCAUUUGUACCACCGACCUUUAGAGUCCGUCAGAAGUGUGUGUUUUUGUUCCCGCUGAGCAAUGACAGAGCGCUCCUUGUUAAUACUUCAGUCCGGACGGACUGAUGCCGCGGCUGGAAAUGAGCAGUCUGAUGUUCGGUACAUUUCUUUACCAUGCUUCAUCUUUAUAACUAUAAUAUUUGUGUAUAUUUUCUGAAUCAAUAAAAAUAUACACAGCUUA